CACUGUGCAUACUGUAAGCGCCUUGGAGCCUCCAUCAAGUGCUGUGCUGAAGGAUGUGCUCGACUGUACCAUUACCCCUGUGCGGGGGCGGCUGGGACUUUUCAGGAUAUCAGGAGUCUCUCCCUCCUCUGUUCAGAUCACAUAGAACUGGCCAUCAGCAGAUGUGAGUCCAGCACCAUUAGAUAUAAAACUUCACUUGAAAUAUUUAAAGUCAUGCUGUCAUAAGUAGGACCCUGAGUUUUUCUGGACCAGGAUAAACUCUGGGCCCAGACAUUAGCUACUCACAAUCUCCAUUCUUUAGCCAAAAAGAUGCCAUCUGAAAUAUGCCCCUCUUCUCAAUUUCUCUCCACCUCCCCUCCUCUCCCCCCUCCUCUGCUCUCCCCCCUCUCCUGCUCUCCCCCCUGUCCUGCUCUCCCCCCUGUCCUGCUCUCCCCCCUGUCCUGCUCUCCCCCCUGUCCUGCUCUCCCCCCUGUCCUGCUCUCCCCCCUAUCCGCUCUCCCCCCUAUCCUGCUCUCCCCCCUAUCCUGCUCCCCCCUCUCCUGCUCUCCCCCCCCUCCUCAUCUCCCCCCCUCCCCUGCUCUCCCCCCUCCCCUGCUCUCCCCCCUCCCCUGCUCUCCCCCCUCUCCUGCCUCCUGCGCUAACCCCCUUCCUCUCCCUCACCCCUUCCCUGCUCUCCCCCUCUCUGUUCCCCCUCUCCGCCCCGCCCUCCCGCUCCCCCCUCCCUCUCUACCCCCUCUCCUGCUCUCCCCCUCAAUCUCUCCUGAUCUACCCCCCUCCCUCUCCCUUCUCCCCCUCUCCAUGCUCUUACCCCCCCCCUCUUUACCCCCUACUCCUGCUCUCCACCCUUCCUCCUUCCCCCCUCUUCUGCUCUACCCCCUAUCCUUGGCUCUCCCCCUUCCUCUCUACCCCUCUCCUGUCUCCCCCCCUCCCCUCUCUACCCCCCUCUCUCUUCUCUUCCCUUCCCUAUCCCCUCCCCUCCCUCUAGUUCCAGAUGAUUCUAUCUGUGCACUGUGUGACAGCCCCGGGGAGCUCCCUGACCAGCUCUUCUGUACCAGCUGUGGGCAGCACUACCAUGGGGCCUGCUUGGACAUGGCUGUGACCCCGCUGAGGAGGGCCGGCUGGCAGUGCCCCGAGUGCAAGGUCUGCCAGACCUGCAAGUGAGUCAGCUUUCCACUGCCCCAUCUGUCCACCCACAUACCUGACCCUGUAUUGAGUUGUGUGUGUGUGUUGCCGAUUUUGUUUGCGCUACCUCUGUGGUUUGUGAGGAUGGCACUCUUCUCUAGCCUUUGACCUCAACCAGGCCAGUUACUGGUAGAAACCGAGUCUGCGAUAAAUUCAAAUCUGCUCCGAAAUACAGAUUAGGCUAACACAAUUACCCUUUUGCUGUGUGAUUUCUCAAUAUACAUUAGUCUUGUGAAUAAGGACACAACCAUUUUAAACACAACAGGAGCCUAUAGACUACAGAGCCAAGAAAUGCCAUGUUGAUGCUGUCGAUCUGUUAUGUCAAAGAACAUGUCUCAUUCAUACUUUCUUUCCUUUUCCUUGUGUAUAGGAACCCGGGUGAGGACGAUAAGAUGUUGGUGUGUGACAUGUGUGACAAAGGCUACCACACCUUCUGCCUGCAGCCCGUCAUAGACGACAUCCCUACCAACGGAUGGAGGUGUCAGGUAGGACAUCAAGUGGAAGAUAUAAUGGGAGGUGCAUUGUGUAUGCUAUAUUAUAGGUCUAUGGUAUGACUACAGCAUAUGACAAAUAAGCUGCAAGAUUUUUCUUUCUUCUAUAGUAUGUGAAGUGGAUGAAAGGUUUGUCUUAAUUUUCUGUGUUAUUCGUAAGAACGGUGGUUUAAAACUCCCACAAUUCAUAUUGAGAAAUUCAGCUGUCGUCUAGGCUACCCAUGUUGAGAAUUACGUUUUUAGUGGUUGUAUCUGUGCUUCCUGUAGUAAAGAAAUGACUCACACGUGCAGCUCUUUUAAAGGGUACAUUUUAGCCUCAGACCCUGUAGCAUUUCAGAUAAGGCUGAUACUGGUGCGUGUGCGGUGGGGGAAUCGAACUGUAUGCGUCGUCAUCCCCUGCCUAUGGCCUCUACCCUCUUCCUCUGUUGGGGCAGGUGGUGCGCGGUGCCUGUCUGGGCGGUCAAUCAGCUGCUGCGGUGGUGGGUUAGCAGCCUAUCAGCUGCUGUGGUGGUGGGGGAUCAGACCGCAGACCGCAGCAGCAGCCAGGCACCUGCCAGGUGGUGGAACAUCCUCAUACUCACUCAGUUUCUCUCUGUCUGACUCGGCAGCACGGCAGGAACACAGUCCACACAAGCAGCAGCCAACCCUCUCCUCUCUAUCUCUCCUCUCUCCCUCUCUAUCUCGCCUCUCUCCCCCACUCUUCAGGCUGCUGCGUCACACCCAGGCACUUUAGUUCUGACUGAAGCCUCAUCUGAAUGUCUUGGAGAUGAAUGAAAACAAAAUUAUUAAGAAUCAUUGUUUCAGUUGUGUUUCUAUCUCCCUCCAACUCCAGAACUGCAGAGUGUGUGUCCAGUGCGGUACCAGGACGAGCGGUCAGUGGCACCACACCAGCCUGUUGUGCGAGAACUGUGUCCAACAUCAGGACCCCGCCCUUACCUGUCCACUAUGUGCCUGUAUCCUGGACCCUGAGCACCAAAAAGACCUGCUCUCCUGCCACAGCUGUAAAAGGUAAAUGCACACACACAGAGAGCACGUCCAUUGUUCAUUCUUUUCUAAAUCUCCACACUCUUCAAGUUGUUUUGGCUUUCUUGUUUUUCCAUUGAUGUGUGAUGGAGUCCUAAAUCUUAAUCUGUCCUCUCCUCCUGCUUCCAGAUGGCUCCACCUGGAGUGUGAGCGGCAGUCGUCAGGCCAAGCAGACAUCCAGCCCAGCCAGGACUUUGUGUGUUCAAGCUGUAGGCCUACUGGGUCACUACCGCAACAGGCCCCACCGCAACAGGCCCCACCGCAACAGGCCCCACCGCAACAGGCCCCACCGCAACAGGCCCCACCGCAACAGGCCCCACCGCAACAGGCCCCACCGCAACAGGCCCCACCGCAACAGGCCCCACCGCAACAGGCCCCACCGCAGGCAGAGGAGGAGGUGGAGGAGAUGGACACAGGAGGCCUAGAGCUGAGCCCACAGGCUGCUAUUCAGAUGCACACAGAAUCAGAACCGGUGGUUCCAACGCACACGGAUCUAGAACCUGGCGCUAAGCAACUGAGGUCUCCUUCUCCAAUGCACAAUUUACAACCCGUUCCAAUGCACACAAAUGCAGAACCAGAGCCUGUCCAAGCCACCGAUACUGUCUGUGAAAACGCCCAUGAGGAUAGGCAGCCACAGCAGGCUACAUCAGACCAGCAGCCUGGUAAGUCUCUCUUUUGUCUGACUGGGUUAUUUGGGGCUACUCACAGAGGCAAACUGUGUAUUUUGGUUGCCAAGGUUAACCAU